UACGACCUUUGGCCCCGUGUUUACGGCACGGGUUACAGUGACGCGCGGUAAGAGUAUGCUGCUGCAGAGCGCAGUGGUUCUGAGAGCAGGAAGUGCGCUCCAGGAGCUCCCACUCACAGUGACACUCAUACCCAGGCUGACACGAUCGCAGCAGAAGGCCAGCAUGUCGUCGUCUUCGUCUCGCAGAAUCCCGGCCACCUUAAUGGGUUCCAUGGCGUUCGGGGGCCGCGCAGACGCGGACGCGAGCGCGAAGAUGGUGAGCGCGUUCCUGGCGCGCGGGCACAACAACCUCGACACCGCGUUCAUGUACAACGACGGGAGCGCGGAGACCAUCAUCGGGGGAAUGUCGCUUCUCAGACGGGUUCUAAUUGACACCAAAGCGAACCCCUGGGACGGUAAGACCCUGAAGCCGGAGAGCGUGCGUUCUCAGCUGGAGACCUCACUCAAGAGGCUGCGUGUUAAAAGCGUCAACAUCUUCUACCUGCACGCUCCAGACCACGAGAACCCCGUCCAGGACACGCUGAGGGCCUGCAACGAGCUGCACAAAGAGGGAAAGUUUAAAGAGCUUGGCUUAUCGAACUAUGCCUCGUGGGAAGUGGCCGAAAUCUGCAGCAUUUGCAGACACAACGACUGGAUCGUCCCGACUGUCUACCAGGGCAUGUACAACGCCACGACACGACAAGUAGAGACCGAACUGCUGCCGUGUCUGCGGUACUUCGGCAUGAGGUUCUACGCGUACAAUCCGCUAGCAGGAGGUCUGCUGACCGGGAAAUACCAUUACGCAGAUAAAGAUAGAGCUCAGCCUGCAGGACGCUUCUUUGGAAAUAGCUGGGCUGCCACCUACAGGGACAGGUUUUGGAAAGAGAGCCAGUUCCAGGCGAUAGAGGGCAUCCUGAAGGCCCUCGACGCGGCGUACGGUUCCGAGAAGCCGAGCUUGACGUCGGCCGCCAUACGCUGGAUCUAUCAUCACUCUCAGCUGAAGCCGGAGCUCGGAGACAGCGUGAUCGUCGGGAUGUCCACCAUGGAGCAGCUUCAGGAGAAUCUAGCAGCAUCUGAAGCAGGUCCUCUGAAGCAGGAAGUGGUGGACGCCUUCAAUCGUGGCUGGGAUUUAGUGGCUCACGAGUGUCCGAACUACUUCCGCUAGACUCCAGACACGACGUGGAUGUCGAGUGAAAGAAGAAGAUCUACUAUAACGUUCUGAAUAUUUCCACAGAUGAUCUGAGGAGCAGGUCUGAGGUUGUGAUUGAAGCAGAAAUGUGAUUUAUUUUUUGUAAUUCUGAAGUUAUUUUUGAUUUGAUGGAUAAUAAAUUGCACUGAACAUUUGGAUAUUAGUAAUAAAUAAAGACAUUUUCUCUCA